AUGCAGAAAAUAAAUUUGAAAUUAUAUACACAGCUUUUAGUGAAGAUAAUUUCGAUAAAGAAGGUAAAUAAAUUAAUUAUACUUUAGGAUGGCAUCUUCAAAACAGCUAUAGCACAACUUUAUUCAGAAAAUGUGGUAAUGAGACUGUGUUUGGAGGUUUUUCAGCUUUCUCUAAUACAUUAAUUACUUACAAUUCAAGUCUUCCUCCUCACUAUUCGGCAAAAAUUUCAUUCAAAUUUUGGAAGUAUAUAAAAUCUUUUUAUUUUAGAAUUGAUAGUUGGAAUGAAAAUGAAUAUGUUUAUAUUUACUUUGAUGAUAAAUUAUAAAAAAAAACAUUUCCUGAGGAAAAAAAUUAUAGAUUUUGUGGUCUUAUUGAUGCUGAUGAAAUUGUUAUUUUUGAUGCCUAAUUAAUUCAUACCUCGAAAAAUUUAUUUAUCAUAUUAACCUCAAAUUUAAACUAGAAUCCACAAAAUGUAAGAUAAUGAAAAAUUUAGGAAUCAUGGGGGAUAAAUGAUUUUAUAAUUGAAAUAUUGUUAUGCCCAAAAGGAUGUGCAUAUUGUUAAGAUGAUAUAAUGCCAUGUGACUUUUGGAUUCAUGUUAAAUCAUUUUGGCAAACUCCAAGUGAGUUCGAAGGAUGGAAAAUUGAUGAUAAUAAAACACUCUCUUCAAGUGUAUGUGCUGGUCUUAAUAUAGCUGGAGGAUACUCUAACUUACGAUUAAAUUAAACAGUUUAAAAUACAAUCUUUAAUUUAUCUUCCCAUUUUAAUAUUUAAUUAGAAUUCAAACUUUGAUUGUUUGGCAAUUGGAAUGAUGAUUAAUUUAUUCUUAAGCUUGAUGAUUAGGAAAUAUUAAAUCAACAUUUAAAUUAAUCAGCCCAUUAUAUAAAUUGCGGAGGGUAUUAUUAAUAUGUUAGCUUCAUAAAUCUUAGAGCUUAAAUGA